UUAAAGAAAACGCUACGCUAUGCUCUGCGUUAAUUCACGAAGCGCUUGCGUCGGUUAAAUUGCGUUGCGGUCACACGCUGUUCAAUGUUUACGCUUCUAGCGUAACGUUACUGCCCACUGUUUUCAAGGGAGCCUUCAAUAAGGGUGUUGCAGCUGCUGACGUCAUGGCCACGCGCAGGAUCACACAGGACACCUUUGAUGCAGUGGUCAGAGAAAACAUGCAGGAGUUUGACAUGGAGGAGAGCGAAGCUCUGAAGGAGGCCCUGGAGCAGUUCGAGUCUCAGGGUGUGGAUCUCAGCAACAUUGUUAAAGCAGUGCCCAAAGUCUCUUCUGAAGAAAACACAGAGGAUCAGCCCCAUGAGGUUCUUCAGGCUUUGGAGUCUCUCAGAACUGCAGUGGCGUCAUCGUCCGCAUCCGUUCUGGAGGAUCUGAGGGUGUUCACCCAGCAGUGCUCUCUCGGCUUCGCACAGCGAUACCUGGCCGCUCAGAAAGAGGCGUAUCCCACGAUCCUCGCCUGCUGCCAGAGAGCCGCUGGAGAGAAGGAAGCCCUCUCCGUCGCUCUGGCCGCGCUCUCGGUGCUAACAGACGGCCAGCCGGAUCUCCUGGACGUGGAAGGGCGAGAGUUUCUGAUCGGCGCUUUAACCGCGCACCAGAAGGACACCGCUCUCAGCUGUCUGUGUUUCCGUGUGGUGCGGCACUGCUGUGUGAAGCACGAGAGCAACCGGCAGGGUCUGGUGAAGGCAGGCGUGCUCCCGCUGCUCACCGCCAGCAUCACACGCCACAUCCAGCACCCCGAGGUCGUGAGGGAGGCCUGCGUCGUGCUCAGGGUCAUGACCUUUGACGAUGACGUGCGUGUGCCCUUUGGACAAGCCCAUGAACACGCCAGGAUGAUCGUGAUGGAGCACAACGGACUGAAAAUCAUCGUUGAAGCUGCUAAAGCUCAUCCAGAGAACAAAGCAGUGCUCAGUGAACUCUGUGGCACUCUGUCCCGUCUGGCCGUGAGAAACGAGUUCUGUCAGGAGAUCGUAGACCUCGGGGGCCUGAAUUUCAUGAUCACGCUCCUGGCUGACAGUCUGGAUUGUCUGGUGAGCUGCGGGAUCGCUGAGAGUGGCAUUAUCUCCUGUGAACACAAACAAACGUCUUGCUGUUGUGAUGCGUCUGUCUUCCAGGAGCUUGUGAAGCAGGUGCUCAGCGCACUGAAGGCCAUCGCAGGAAACGAUGACGUCAAAGAUGCCACUGUGAACGCCGGAGGGGCGGAGCUUAUCGUCAUGGCGAUGAACCGUCACAUGUCCAAUGCACAGGUGUGUGAGCAGGGAUGUGCGGCGCUCUGUGUCCUCGCUCUACGCAAACCCAACAACUGUAAGGUCAUCAUGGAGUGUGGCGGAGCGCUGGCGGCCCUGCAGGCCAUGAAGACUCAUCCGGCUGACGUUAAUGUGCAGAAACAGUCCUGCAUGCUGUUGAGGAACCUGGUGGCCCACACACGAGACUUCAGCCAGCUCAUCCUGGAGAUGGGAGCCGAGGCGCUGAUCUCGCAGGCUCUGGCGGCUCACAGCGACUGCUGUGACGUGGGUCGAGCCGCGCUCAGAGACCUCGGCUGCCAGGUGGAACUACGAGAACUCUGGACGGGCAAGAAGGGAAGCCUGAGUCAAUGACGAAUGUUGCCAAACUCAAAAUCAUCAUGUCCUGACUGUGGAGCUCAUACUAAAUGUGUGUGGAUCAAACAUCUUCCGGUAGAAUCGAAGUGCAUCUGACGUCCACAUGCAUAGGAUGCAUUACAGGUUACAGUGUAGAUAUGUUGUUUUUUAAAGUGUAAACUAAUGCCGUCAAACGAUUAAUCGUGAUUAAUCGCAUCCAAAAUAAAAGUUGCAUUGCAUAAUAUAUAUGUGUGUGCUGUGUAUAUUUAUUAUGUAUUUCCAAAAUAUAUACAUGCAUGUGUUUGUAUUUAUAUAUAAAUAGAUGCAUACAUGUAUUACGUAAACAAAAACUUUUAUUUUGGAUGCGAUUAAUCGUUUGACAGCACUAGUUUAAACAUUUUAUUGGCACUAUUUAUAGUUUGUAUGAGGUUUUCUCUGUACUAGAACUGAUAGUGUUUGUGAUUAAAUCAAGCCGCUCUAGACUCACA